AAAUAUUUCCUCUUCAAGCCACAAAUGAGAAUGUCGUACACCCCAUUUGCAACACCCCCGUUGGAGUUGUUUCUCUUCCUGAACCACCCGAACUAUUAUCUCAACCCACUAAUGGGCCUAUAUUUCAAACUCCUACGUUCCAGCCCAUUGCUGGCCCUAUCCACUCAUCUCCACCACAUAGCCCUCAUCAAUCUGGGCCUUUAUUUUCACCUCCAAUAGACCAUUCACCUCCUAUUUCCACACCUAUUCUAACACCAGCCUUGGAUGAGGACUCCACCGCUACUGGUUCGUCUGCUCCAACCGACAAGGACAUAUCAACGUCACCUAUUGUGACCUGCCGUCGUUCUACUC